AUGCCCAACAACAGUAUCACCAAGCCGUGCCACAACUGUCGCCGUCGACGCCUGCGUUGUGAUCGCUCGUGGCCGUCAUGCCACAAAUGCGCGUUGUCGGGCCAGGAGUGUCUUGGUUAUGGAAAGGUGUUUGUCUGGACGCAGGCGAUUGACUCUAACGGAAAUCCAAGACCGUCCCCAGUCUCUGGUCGUCGACCAGGCGAGACUGAGGGAUUCCAGCCCCAAGCACCACACGAGUUUGGGGGAACGGGGGGAGGAGAAGUUGCCAUUAGUUGGGCCGUUCCAGGCGCUGGGAGCCGGGACCAUCAUCAGAUUCACGAUGUACAAGACAUUUACUCCCGGCAUGAUCACGAUGAACGGGAGCACAGUGGACACGGCGGACACGGCCAGCAACAACCAUUGGCCCUACGCGGUGCGAUGCCGGGGAAAGUUAUUGAUAGCACGGACGAAACCGCUACUGGUCACGAUGGAGCCGUUGCCAACGCACAGCAGUCUGACCACCAGGUCGAUGUGCCCAGCGAAGUUGGCAUGAUGGGGGGUGGGAGCCUGACGGAUCCUCUCUUUCAAGACCUUGAUCGAAAUUCGAGGCACUAUCUUGCACAUUUCGCCGAUCGUGUUUGCCAAGACUUGGUGGCCAGAGACUCACCUAGUGGCAACCCAUUUCGAGAACUCAUCCCUCUGACUAACAGACAUCCGCUUCUGCUCCAAAUACUCAUUGCAACAUCUGCCAUUCACUGGUCUAACAUCUUUCGACCCAUCACUUCCAUUCCCACAGGCUUGACUGAUCCAGGCGGCUAUCUUGCCCAGUUGCGCUCUCAAGAUCUCGUGUCUCGACAGGCGCUGAUAGAUGCUCUAACGGCCAAGCAAAGGGCCAUGGGCCACCUCCGUGAAGUCCUGGACACCUUGGAUCCAGCCGGCAGUGAGGUGGCUUUGGCCGCUAUGCAUUUCUUUGUCAAAUUUGACCUGAUUGAUCUCGAACGGAACGACGGGGGCAAAGGCUGGCAGGCACACCUCGAAGGUGCAAGCAGCAUCUUGGCAUUAUUAGCGCCGGAUUCCUCACAUCAUGCUUCGAGCCGAAUGCUGAGAGAUUGUGUUAUUGCUGAUUGCUUCAUAUAUCACAUCCUUGGCUCGACUCUCGCAGAUGGAGCAAUAGCUGCACGCAUUGCCCGAUAUGCAUUCGAGUUAUUGCCCGUGAUGAAACGGGUAGAGGUGAACAGUUAUCUCUCGUGCCCGCCAGAGAUUCUCAGAAUCAUCCUAUCCGCGUCCCAACUUUCUUACGAGACCCCUUGCACUGACUGGAGCCUGACGGCCGCAGAUGAAGCGCUCGCACUUAUUGACGAGGCGCUUGCAUUUGAUAUACCCGCGUGGGCGGAUCGGCUUCGGCAAUUACCCAACGUAACCGAUAUCGAGAGCCGCAUCCACGUCGCCUCGGCGCACCGCUCUGCCGUCUGUCUGUACAUCCUUCAGGCAUUGCCGCUCGUGCGCGCCGUCCGCCCCGUCGAUACCAUGGUCCUGGUGGACGAUAUCCUUAGCCACCUCGCGCAGAUCCAGGACGGAGAUCCGUACUUCAAGGCGACCUCAUGGCCAACAUUCAUUGCAGGUGCAGAGACGCGGGAUGCUGAAAAGCGCGCCUGGACCCUGUCACGUAUGUUUGCCAUUUGGAAUAUCUGCCCAUGGGGUUACGUCUUCACUGCCAUUGAGAUGUUAAAGGCCACCUGGCAGAUGCAGGAUUCAGGCACAGGAUCCGGCGUAAACUGGCUCCAAGAUCUCAAAGCCAUGGGCUUUGGCUAUUUGAUCGUGUAG